AUGGAUGAGGGCUCCGACAAGGCCCCUCGGCGGAAGAGGGUCUCAAGGGCCUGCGACCGCUGUCGCAGUAAAAAAGAUAAAUGUGAUGGCGCGCGUCCCACUUGCUCCGCCUGUCAGGCGUCGGGCCAGCCCUGCUCCUACGACCCCCAUGCAAAGAAGCGAGGUCUACCCGAAGGAUACGUGCGCGGCUUGGAAAAGUUGUGGGCACUGUCAGUGUGUAACAUCGACGGGUUGGAAGAGACCAUGCUGGCCAUGCUGGGAACCACCGCGGAAUCGGCUGGGCGCCGCGAUAAGCUGAUGGCAGCUUGGACGGACGAUGGGUCCUCGGAGAGCUUGCACGACACCUGGAAGACCAGCCGCUUAUACAGCGCGUUGGAUAAGAUGCUCUCCAACUCCGAAGUAAUCCCUCCUACGACAGGAAAACGAUCCCGGAACCCCCACGAUGAUCCCCAAGACGGUCAAUGGCCAAUCCGAGUUGACAGAGAAUCAACGCCCCUGGGUCCCAAUGCGCCGCGAGUCGUCGGACCAUCUGCCGUCUCCCCAGCUCUCAAACGAGCUCGACUGGCACAAGCAUCUGCCGGUCGCGAUGCCUCAGCUAACGGCCCUCAUUCCGUGCUACAGCUACCGCCUCAGACGUCUCAAUUGCUUGACAUUUAUUUCGCAGCCACUCACUCGUGGUUCCCCAUCAUCGCGAAACAUAAUAUUCUCCGCGCUUCAUACCUCUAUGCCAAUGCACCCAUCUCCGUUACGACAAAUUCCCCAGGGUCAGGGGACCACGCUGCUCUCUGGGCAAUCCUCAGCUACACCAUCACUCAGUCCCGAACCGACCCGCGCACCGGCCCCACUGGAGCACUGUCUCUUGCCAAAGAGUACUAUUCGGUGGCUCGAAGUCUCAUUCCGUCCGAGAAAGAACGCUACGAACUCGGCCAUAUCCAAGCAUUGCUUUUACUUACUUUGGUGAACAUGGGUUUGGAAGACUGGACGGCCGCGUGGCUGCUGAGUGGACAAGCCGUACGCAUGGCCGUGGCCAUGGGUUUAGGUUCUUUCAGUGAUACGCGAAGGUCCGAAGAAUUGAGACAGGGUAAAGCUGUCUUUUUGGGGUGCUUCGUCGCCGAUUCCUUGUUAUCAUUUCGCCUCUCGCGAUGCCCUGCAAUGUCUCCAAGUGAUCUAACCACAGUGGGUCUGUUGGAAGAGGAUGGACUGGAGGAGUGGAACUCCUGGGUAGAUGUUCUUCCCCCAACUGGGAAUUCGCACGGGAAGAAUCCUCCUCGGAGAGGGCCAUUACUGGCUCUGAGCUGCUUCAAUCGUCUGGUGGAAUUGGCAAGUAUUCUCAACAAGGCAGCACGAAAUAUGUUGAUGGGGUAUAAAGCGGAUACAUUCGCGCAGCAGCUGGUGAUAGAUCUGAAGCAGUGGGAUGACAACCUUCCACUCGGAUGUCGUUUGAUCGGACCAGAGAGCAUCUACCCUGAACGACACUCGGCUCUAUUACCGCAUCAGAGCUACCUUGGCAUGGCUUACGUUUCCACUCUGCUUUGGCUAUAUUUACGUCUCAUUCCCGGAGAACAAGGGCUGCAUCGAUCUCAGCGACCGGCAACGGAAGGGGCCAAGAAGCUUCUCUAUCGCGGAUUAUCGAUGAUCACGCAGCACUUGGAGAACUUUCCCAUGUGUGGAUUCCCUCCUAUGUUUGAAAACGCCCUCCGCAUCAUUUCCGAGCAAGCCUUCUCGCUGCGCCACACGGUCGAUUCAUUGGAUAGUUUCCCAUUUGCGAAAUGGGCCGAGGAGUUCAGACAGAAGGCAGCUGUCCUGAUCCCAACAUGGCCUGUCUACGGAUCCUUGGCGACGGCGAUGGAACGCUGGCAGCAGCCUAACGGUUUUUCUGGUGGUCAGCCUUCUUCAUAUGCUGGAAAUCCGCCUGCCCCCAUUAUGCCAGCAGCACCGCCCUUAGCGAGCGUUAUACAACCGGGCGGUCCUCAUGGGCUGGCGCCGCAUGAACAAGGAAACUAUGUCCCCUCCCUCAUGGGCAUUAGCAUUCCAGUGGACGCACAAUCCCUCACACCUAAGGAUACAGCCAUGGAAAAUGCAGAACUCGGGAUGAUGGAUGUCUCCAUGCAGCAGCCGAUCAUUCUAGACAAAGGCACGCCGCGCAGUGCACCCGAUGCAAUGUAUGCACCAGGUUCCAAUCAACCACAACCACGCACCCCUGACCCAUCCACUCCCAAUACCAUGAUGUCUGGCAAGGCUCCCGCCAGUGAUCGUUCUGUUCCAACCGGAGAUCCCAUGGGAUUCAAUCCUGCUGGUACAGGUGAUCUCGAUGCGAUCUUCAAAGAUUUGGCAUAUUUGGAUACCACCGAGUGGUCCAACAACCGCGAGGCUGGCCUCAAAGACUUCGGUUUCUUAGAUGACAGUACCUUCCAGGCAUUCUGUCAUGACCCGGAUCGGUUAGUUGGUUCUCAAACUUUGGUACAUCCGCCAUCGAUGGCGGAUAUCUGGCCACCUCCAGGGUUUUUCCCGGAGACCUUUCAGCAGCUUCCCGACAAGUCGAUGAAUGGAUGA